AUGGACAAGGAAACCGAAAUCCUCUCGUGCUUAGCCGCAAACCAUCUCUAUCUCGCCCAAUUUGAGCCUCUUCGAGCGAUUGUCGUCGCUCUCCGAGCUCGAAACCCCGACCUCGCUCUUGCCGUGCUCCAAACCAUCGUCGCUCACUCGGGUCGCUUCGACAACAUUCUCUGGUCAAAAUCAUGCCCAUCACCAGCUCUGCUCACUUACUUAUCGACCCUUGAACUGUUGCAAUUCGAUAACGCUUCGUCGGUAUGGAGCUUCGAUCCCGAAACCCUGCGAUUGCGCGCCGAGUUCUUGUUGUUAGUUCAGAAUUUGAUCGACCGCGUCUCGGAGAGUAUGCGGAAGAAUUUUGAUUUGGAGAGCAUAGAGAAAGAGAAGGAGAAAGAAGGAAUAGGCGAGAGCGAGAGUUUCGAAGAGCGAGCAGAGUUUUUGGGUAAGAGUGAGGAUACUGGCAAGGAUUUGAGAGAUGCCAGUGGUGAAUUGGAUAGCUGUGUGAGAAUUUUGGAUAGGAUUUUGGAAUUGGGCGUAAAUAGAUUGAAGCAAAACUCCGUAGUAGUAGGUGUUGCUGAUACUGAUGGUGGGAGUGAAAAUGAGGCUGCAGGCGUUGUACCUAUUGAGGAAGGCGAAUUGAUAUGUUUGAGGAGCGUAGUUUGGGAGAACCGUGAUGUUUUUGACGCGUUGUGUUGGAAUAUACAGAGCCAAGUGAGGGGAUGGGAGGGAUAUGAUUCUUCGGGUUUAGCAAUAACGUUGAGGAGGGAUGAAAAUGCAGGGGAAAUGUCCAAGGAGGAUUUGAAGGUUCUUGGUUUGAUACAAAGGAGUGUUCAGUUAGCUCACUUGGAUGCUAUGAAAGAGUGCAUGAAGGAUGGUGAUGUGGAUGGAGUGGUUUCGCGUAUUCAUUUUCUUCACCUUGAUUAUGGAGUGGAGGAGACUGAGUAUCGCAUGGUUUUGCAAGAUCUCCUCAAGAUGGUGUCAUCACGAAAGGAGGGAUAUGGAGAUUCUUGGCGUAACAUGCGAGAAAAAUUACUGUGGAUUUAUAGCACGGCGAUUGCAUCAAAUUGUGGACAUCUUGUCAAAAUGAUACAAGCUCUUCAAGAUGACUUACUCUCAAAAGAGAUUGAGGUGUACAGAUCUCUUGAUAACAACCAGAUUCCACCACCUCUGGAACGUCUUCAAAGAUAUCAUGCAGAAUUGAAUCCCGAUACAGAAACUUCUACCUUCAACACUGUAGUCGGAUUUUGCAUGAGAGACAUGUAUCAUUAUGCUCGUGUUUCGGGUUUACAUGUCCUUGAAUGUGUCAUGGACACUGCUUUGUCUGCUGUAAAGAGAGAGCAGCUUCAAGAAGCUAGCAAUCCCCUGGUAGCCGCCAUGGGUUGGGAUUUAUUAUCUGGAAAAACUACAGCACGAAGGAAAUUAAUGCAACUGCUGUGGAGAAGUAAAUCACAAGUUUUUCGGCUGGAAGAAUCUUCUCUUUAUAGUAAUCUAUCAGAUGAGGUAUCUUGUGUGGAAUAUCUUUGUGAUUCUUUAUGUUAUCAGCUUGAUCUUGCCUCUUUUGUUGCCUGCGUCAAUUCUGGUCAAUCAUGGAAUUCAAAAUUAUCAUUGAUGUUGUCUGCUAAAGAACAAAUAGCAUUCAGUAGUGAAGAUCAUCAGUUAGACCCCUUUGUUGAGAAUUUCGUACUGGAAAGGCUUUCGGUUCAAAGUCCACUUCGGGUAUUGUUUGAUGUUGUUCCAGGCAUAAAGUUUCAGGAGGCUAUUGAAUUGAUCAGCAUGCAGCCAAUUUCUUCAACUUUAGAAGCCUGGAAGAGGAUGCAGGAUAUUGAACUUAUGCACAUGCGGUAUGCUCUAGAUUCAGCUGUUCUUGCGGUUGGAGUGAUGGAAAGGACUAUGACUGGUGAAAGAGAAAGUCUUCAUCAAGUUGCAUUUGACCAUUUGAAAGAUCUGCAGAACCAUUUGGAGGCUGUUAAUGACAUCCCUCGCAAGAUCAUGAUGGCGAAUGUCAUUAUUUCGCUUUUACAUAUGGAUGAUCUUUCUCUCAAUUUGGCUCAUUGUGCCUCACCAGGGAGCUAUUCUGAAUCACAUUACACAUGUUCUUCAGAACAAACUGAUCUAACACGUGAAGAGGGAAACAAAUUGGUUGUGUCUUUCACGGGGAAACUACUUAAUAUAUUACAUCACUGUCUUCCUUCAACUAUAACUGAACUAGAUCAUGCUCUAAGUGAUGGCGUAAGUAGGGGUGGAAGACAAGCAUUGGAGUGGAGAGCGUCAAUUGCUAAACAUUUCAUUGAAGAGUGGGAAUGGCGGUUGUCAAUUUUGCAGCGUCUUCUUCCUUUAUCUGAACGCCAGUGGCGGUGGAAGGAGGCAUUAACUGUAUUACGUGCCGCACCAUCUAAGCUACUUAACCUUUGCAUGCAAAGAGCUAAGUAUGACAUUGGGGAAGAAGCAGUGCAUCGGUUUUCAUUGUCUGCAGAAGAUAAAGCUACCCUCGAAUUAGCUGAGUGGGUGGAUAGUGCCGUCAGAAGACAAUCUGUAGAAGAUGUAGUCUCUCGUGCUACUGAUGGUGGGACUUCUACAAUACAUGAUCUGAAUUUUUCUUCGUUGCGCUCCCAGUUAGGUCCUUUGGCUGCAAUUCUUCUUUGUAUUGACGUUGCUGCUACUUCUGCUCGGUCUGCAAAGAUAUCCCAACAGCUUUUGGAUCAGGCUCAAGUUCUGCUGUCUGAGAUAUAUCCAGGAGUUUCUCCAAAGAUAGGCUCCACUUACUGGGAUCAGAUCCUUGAAGUGGCAGAUAAUCCUCCAGCCCUUCAGGUCACUUUGUCCGGCGAGAUUAUUAUUGCCUCACCAAAGGAAUCCCACCGACUAGGACAACGGGAACGUGUUCUUGAUAUGCUACAUCAUAUGAUUGAGGAUGCUCACAAGGGCAAGCGGCAGUUUCUCAGUGGUAAGCUCCAUAAUCUUGCAAGAGCUGUGGCUGAUGAAGAAACAGAGCUAAAUUUCUAUAAAGGAGAAGGCCCAUCUGCUGAACAGAAGGUUCUUUCUGAUCUUGACAAAGACGGAGUUUUUGGACUUGGGCUAAGAGUUGCCAAGCAGAUACCUUCAAGUUCUGCAAUUGGAGAAACAAGUGUGCAGCCUGUUGGUUAUGAUGUAAAGGACAGUGGGAAGAGAUUUUUUGGUUCAUUAAGUACCAAACCCAUGACAUAUCUUUCACAGUUUAUUCUCCAUAUUGCUGCAAUUGGUGACAUAGUUGAUGGAACUGAUACAACUCAUGAUUUCAACUUUUUUUCACUCGUGUAUGAGUGGCCCAAAGAUCUUUUAACCCGUCUUGUCUUUGAUCGAGGCAGCACUGAUGCAGCUGGUAAGGUAGCUGAGAUUAUGUGUGCAGAUUUUGUGCAUGAAGUAAUUUCAGCAUGUGUACCUCCAGUUUAUCCCCCACGAUCUGGUCAUGGGUGGGCUUGCAUUCCGGUCACUCCCACCUUCCCUAAAAGUGGCUCAGAAAAUAAAGUAUUGUCCCCCUCUUUCAAAGAAGCGAAGCCUAAUAGUUACUGCCGUUCCUCAUCAUUGCCUGGAAUUCCUCUAUACCCUUUAGAGUUAGAUAUAGUAAAACAUUUGGUUAAACUAUCCCCAGUGAGGGCGGUCUUAGCAUGUGUUUUUGGGAGUACCAUUUUGUACAAUGGCAGUGAUUCUUCUAUAUCGAGCUCCUUGGACGGUGGAUUGCUGCAGGCACCUGAUGUUGACCGGUUGUUUUAUGAGUUUGCUCUUGAUCAAUCUGAGAGGUUCCCAACUUUAAACCGAUGGAUACAAAUGCAAACUAACCUUCAUCGAGUUUCGGAGUUUGCUGUAACCAUUAAGCAAACUGCCGAUGGUGGUGAGGCUAGAGCUGAAGCAAGAGCUAUCAAGAGACUACGUGAGAUUGAUAGCGAUACUGAGUCAGAAGUUGAUGACAUUGUUGGUAGCAGUAGUGUUUCAACAGCUUUACCAGACGCCAGUGGCCAAGAUGGUGCAGCUACUGAACCUUGGGAUGGUUCUUCAAAAUCUGACGUUGCUGAGCUUGACACUUCAGUUUUCCUUUCUUUUGAUUGGGAAAAUGAAGAACCAUAUGAGAAAGCUGUACAGCGAUUGAUAGAUGAAGGAAAACUCAUGGAUGCUCUUGCACUUUCUGAUCGCUUUCUACGUAAUGGAGCUUCAGAUCAAUUACUUCAGCUAAUCAUUGAAUGUGGGGAAGAAAAUCAUUCAGUCGCUGGACUCUCUCAGGGUUAUGGAGGCAAUAGUAUCUGGAGCAAUAAUUGGCAGUAUUGCCUGCGGUUGAAGGAUAAACAAGUGGCUGCUAGACUUGCUCUCAAGUAUAUGCAUAGAUGGGAGUUGGAUGCUGCUUUGGAUGUUCUCACAAUGUGCAGCUGCCACCUACCUCAAAAUGAUCCCAUUAGGAAGGAGGUCAUGCAUAUGAGACAAGCUUUGCAGAGGUACAGCCACAUUCUAAAUGCAGAUGAGCACUUUAGCAGCUGGCAAGAGGUUGAAGCAGAGUGUAAGGAAGAUCCUGAGGGGUUAGCACUUAGAUUAGCUGGAAAAGGAUCUGUUUCUGCUGCUUUAGAAGUGGCUGAAAGUGCAGGAUUAUCCAUAGAAUUGCGGAGGGAACUGCAGGGCCGGCAACUUGUAAAACUUUUGACUGCGGAUCCUCUCAGUGGUGGAGGUCCAGCAGAAGCUUCACGAUUUCUUUCUUCCCUACGUGACUCAGAUGAUGCCCUACCAGUUGCCAUGGGUGCAAUGCAGCUUUUACCUGAUUUGCGGUCAAAGCAGCUGCUUGUUCAUUUCUUCCUGAAGCGAAGAGAAGGGAAUCUUUCGGAUGUUGAGGUUUCUCGGCUUAACUCAUGGGCCUUAGGUCUUCGUGUUCUGGCUGCCUUGCCAUUGCCAUGGCAGCAAAGAUGUUCUUCCUUGCACGAGCACCCACAUUUGAUACUUGAGGUUCUUCUGAUGAGGAAACAGCUACAGUCUGCUGCAUUGAUUCUCAAAGAAUUUCCUUUGUUGAGAGACAAUAAUGUCAUUAUUGCCUACGCUGCUAAAGCUAUUGCUAUCAGUAUUAGCUCACCUCCAAGAGAAUAUCGAGUAUCUGUUUCGGGGACUAGAUUAAAGCAGAAAACAAGAACAGGUGCUCCUGUGAGGUCUUCUUUCACUAGCAGUCUAAAUAACUUGCAAAAAGAGGCUCGCAGAGCUUUUUCUUGGGCUCCACGAAAUACUGGAGACAGGGCCACCCCAAAAGAUGUUUACCGUAAAAGAAAGAGUUCUGGAUUGACAUCAUCGGAAAAAGUAGCUUGGGAGGCCAUGGCUGGUAUCCAGGAGGAUCGUGCUUCAUCAUAUUCUGUUGAUGGGCAAGAACGGCUUCCUGCUAUUUCAAUUUCUGAAGAAUGGAUGCUAACUGGUGAUUCAACGAAGGAUGAAGCUGUUCGUGCAUCUCACCGAUAUGAAAGUGCACCUGACAUUACCCUUUUCAAGGCACUGCUUUCUCUAUGUUCUGAUGACUCUGUCUCUGCAAAGAAUGCAUUGGAUUUGUGUGUUAAUCAGAUGAAGAAUGUGCUGAGCUCCCAACAAUUGCCAGAGAAUGCAUCUAUGGAAAUAAUUGGUCGAGCAUAUCAUGCCACAGAGACGUUUGUACAGGGGCUACUUUAUGCUAAAUCCCUGCUGAGAAAGCUUGUGGGUGGCAGUGAUUUGUCGAGUAAUUCUGAAAGAAGUAGGGACGCUGAUGAUGCAUCCUCUGAUGCUGGUAGCUCCAGUGUGGGCAGUCAGUCCACAGAUGAGCUAUCUGAAGUUCUCUUGCAGGCAGACAUUUGGCUAGGACGUGCUGAGCUGCUCCAGAGCCUUCUGGGAUCCGGAAUUGCUGCUUCUCUAGAUGAUAUUGCCGAUAAAGAGUCAUCUGCCUGUCUCCGUGAUAGGUUGAUUGUAGAUGAACGGUACAGCAUGGCUGUAUAUACAUGCAAAAAGUGUAAGAUUGAUGUUGUCCCUGUUUGGAAUGCAUGGGGACAUGCUUUGAUUCGGAUGGAGCACUAUGCACAAGCUCGUGUGAAGUUCAAGCAAGCUCUUCAGCUAUACAAGGCCGAUCCUGCACCUGUCAUUCUCGAGAUCAUCAAUACAAUCGAGGGAGGUCCGCCGGUUGAUGUUUCAGCUGUUCGUUCCAUGUAUGAACAUUUGGCUAAAAGUGCACCAACAAUCUUGGAUGAUUCCCUUUCUGCUGAUUCAUAUCUCAAUGUGUUGUACUUGCCUUCCACAUUUCCUCGUUCAGAGAGAUCCAGGCGUUCUCAUGAAUCAGCAAAUAAUAAUUCCACAUAUAUUUCAGACUUUGAAGAUGGACCACGCAGCAACUUAGACAGCGUUCGGUAUGUUGAGUGUGUCAACUAUUUACAAGAAUAUGCACGACAGCAUUUGCUCAAUUUCAUGUUUAGGCAUGGCCAUUACAAUGAUGCUUGCAUGCUGUUUUUUCCUCCAAAUACUGUUGCCCCACCUCCUCAGCCAUCAACAGUGGGGGUGGCAUCUUCGUCUUCAUCCCCUCAAAGACCAGACCCUUUGGGAACUGAUUAUGGGACUAUUGACGAUUUGUGUGAUUUGUGUAUUGGUUAUGGCGCAAUGCCUAUUUUGGAAGAAGUGAUUUCAGAAAGAAUGACAUCUGCAAACCCGCAAGAUGUAGCAGUAAACCAGUAUACCACUGCAGCCCUUGCCCGUAUUUGCAUCUAUUGUGAAACUCAUAGGCAUUUCAAUUAUUUAUACAAGUUUCAGGUUAUUAAGAAGGACCACGUUGCUGCUGGACUUUGCUGCAUCCAAUUGUUUAUGAACUCAUCUUUGCAAGAGGAAGCUAUAAAACACUUGGAAAAUGCCAAGAUGCACUUUGAUGAAGCGUUAUCAGCACGAUACAAAGGUGGAGAUUCUACUAAGCUUGUGACGAAGGGUGUUAGAGGAAAAAGUGCCUCUGAAAAGCUCAGUGAAGAAGGACUUGUCAAGUUUUCGGCUCGGGUAGCAAUUCAGGUCGAAGUUGUGAGAUCCUAUAACGAUUCAGAUGGACCUCAUUGGAAACAUUCACUUUUCGGAAAUCCAAAUGAUCCUGAAACAUUCAGGAGAAGGUGCAAAAUUGCUGAGUCUCUUGUGGAAAAGAACUUUGAUUUGGCUUUCCAAGUGAUUUAUGAAUUCAAUCUUCCAGCUGUGGAUAUAUAUGCUGGGGUAGCUGCAUCUCUCGCCGAGAGAAAAAGAGGUAGUCAACUGACAGAAUUCUUUAGAAACAUAAAAGGGACCAUUGAUGAUGAUGAUUGGGACCAGGUCCUGGGUGCUGCAAUUAACGUAUAUGCUAACAAGCACAAAGAACGCCCUGACCGUCUCAUUGACAUGUUGACCAGUAGCCACAGGAAGGUUCUGGCUUGUGUGGUUUGUGGUCGUCUAAAAAGUGCAUUCCAAAUUGCUUCUCGUAGUGGAAGUGUAGCUGAUGUCCAAUAUGUAGCUCAUCAGGCAUUACAUGCUAAUGCACUUCCUGUGCUCGAUAUGUGUAAACAAUGGUUGGCCCAGUACAUGUGA